AUGGGGAGCUUGGGGACGUUACUGAGAUAUCCAGAUGAUGUAUAUCCUCUGCUGAAGAUGAAAAGAGCGAUCGAGAAAGCGGAGAAGCAGAUCCCACCGGAGCCACACUGGGGUUUCUGUUAUUCAAUGCUCCACAAGGUCUCUCGGAGCUUCUCUCGUUAUCCAGCAACUAGGUACCGACCUCCGCAACGCUUGUUCAACGUGUUGAAAUUAUCCACAUUUAUUGCUUCCUUCGCAUGCUAUUCAUUUAUAGGUGUGUUCGAUCUUGCAGUGUGUGUGUUCUACUUGGUUCUCCGAGCUCUUGAUACUGUCGGUGGUACGAAGGAGUACAAGGUUCUGAUGGACCAAUUUCAUCAUGUUGCUGCAGCUUUUUUGGAACUUGAAAAAGGGUAUCAAGAGGCUAUCGAGGAAAUUACUAAAAGAAUGGGUGCAGGGAUGGCAAAGUUUAUCUGCCAAGAGGUAGAAACUGUUGAUGACUACAAUGAGUACUGCCACUAUGUUGCUGGACUUGUGGGUUUAGGUCUGUCUAAACUCUUCCUAGCUUCAGGAUCAGAAGUUUUGUUGCCAGAUUGGGAGCAUAUUUCCAGUUCAAUGGGUUUAUUUCUUCAGAAAACAAACAUUAUCAUAGAUUAUCUUGAGGACAUUAAUGAAAUACCAAAGUCCCGCAUGUUUUGGCCUCGCAAGAUUUGGGGAAAAUAUGCUGACAAGCUAGAGGACUUGAAAUACGAGGAGAAUUCAACUAAAGCAGUGCAUUGCUUGAAUGAAAUGGUCACAAAUGCUUUGACGCAUAUUGAAGACUGCUUCAAGUACAUGGCUGCGUUGCGUGAUCCUUCGAUAUUUCGGUUCUGUGCUAUCCCUCAGAUCAUGGCGAUUGGAACACUUGCAUUGUGCUAUAACAAUGUACAAGUAUUUAGAGGUGUUGUGAAACUGAGGCGAGGUCUGACUGCCAAAGUCAUUGAUCGCACAAAGACAAUGGCUGAUGUCUAUGGUGCUUUCUAUGAUUUUUCCUGCAUGCUAAAAACAAAGGUCGACAAGAACGAUCCAAAUUCCAGUAUGACACUAAGCUGA